CGCGGCUGCGCCAACGCGCCAACGCCGGGCAGGGCGGCGGGCGCGCUCAGUCUGGCGGCGGCUGCCGUGAGCUGACGGACGUGCCGGGAACGCCGCAGCAGCCCGCGCCGCCCGCAGCCUAGCCGACCCGCGCCGCCCGGGCCUCGCCCGCCCGCCUGCCCGCCAUGGUGUCAUGGAUCAUCUCCAGGCUGGUGGUGCUCAUAUUUGGCACCCUUUACCCUGCGUAUUAUUCCUACAAGGCUGUGAAAUCAAAGGACAUUAAGGAAUAUGUCAAAUGGAUGAUGUACUGGAUUAUAUUUGCACUUUUCACUACAGCAGAGACAUUCACAGACAUCUUCCUUUCUUGGUUUCCAUUCUAUUAUGAACUAAAAAUAGCAUUUGUAGCUUGGCUGCUGUCUCCCUACACAAAAGGCUCCAGCCUCCUGUACAGGAAGUUUGUACAUCCCACACUAUCUUCAAAAGAAAAGGAAAUCGAUGAUUGUCUGGUCCAAGCAAAAGACCGAAGUUAUGAUGCCCUUGUACACUUUGGGAAGCGGGGCUUGAACGUGGCCGCCACAGCGGCUGUGAUGGCUGCUUCCAAGGGACAGGGUGCCUUAUCGGAGAGACUGCGGAGCUUCAGCAUGCAGGACCUCACCACCAUCAGGGGAGACGGCGCCCCUACUCCCUCGGGCCCCCCACCACCGGGGUCUGGGCGGGCCAGCAGCAAACACGGCCAGCCCAAGAUGUCCAGGAGUGCUUCUGAGAGUGCUAGCAGCUCAGUGUGUACCUGCUGCUCCACCUGCAGGACCUGGAAAGUGGUUGAGGGAGAUGUGAAUGAGGGUGGUGUGAAGGCAUGGGAGCCCCACCAGGUCCAAAACCCAUUGGCGUUUUCUGACGAGGAGGAGGAAGACCUGCUGGAUUUCAUGUACAAGUAUAAAGCACCUCGAAGGACGGAAUUGCCCCUGGAGGCACCGCCUAGAAUCCUUCGAUCUCGCUUCAGGAAGAAAAGUACCUCAUCCUCGGCCACCGAAACCACGUGAGUGAGAUGAGCCAACAGCACCGGAUCCACAGAAUGUUUCUUCUCUGCCUUAAAGAGCUAUUCACUAAUAACAUAGAAAUCCGCAAGCUGGGUGUGCUUUGAGUGUGCAGCCUCACAAACAUGGCCUUUUCUCUCUCCCCUUCCACUUUUAAGGAUUUAUUUUUCCCCCCUUUUCUUUAUUUUGCUGGGGAGAGGCUAAAGGGAAAGGUAGUAGGGGCGGGGGUGGUGACCUUUAAGUCUUCUGAGGUUGGUAAUUUUCCACAAUUGGAUCGUCAUUACAGACAGCAGUGUGUUUUUUAGAAAGAUAAGAGAAUCACCCCUAUGCUGCUGAGAUGUACAUUUGUAAUUUAUCUGUUGCAUACUUAGUUUUUAGUCCUGUAAAUGCAAACAAAGCAUUUUUUAAAACUUUCUUUGUUCUUGGUACUAAUACUUUGAACUAUGAUGUACAUAUUUAUGGCUUUUGGCUUUUAAUAUAAUGGACUUGCAAGGGCUGCCAGAGGUUCUGAUAUGUAAGAAAACUGCAAAAACAAAUAUAGAAAAAUAUUUUGAUUCUAGAGAACGUCUCAGAUGUGCUUAUAAAGCUUCCAAAUACAACUCCAGUAAGACAUCCCUUUCCCUGCAGGAAUGUGGUCUAUAUUCUUUAGAUAGUUGUUUAGUCAAAAGACCAGACAAGUUACAAACUAAGAGAAACAGUAUUUCACAACACAGUAAAGUGUGAUAAGAGGUCAGGAGAACAUCCCAGUAAAAGAGAAGAGUCACAGGAAGCUCAUCUCCUCCCUGGAUUCUGGAUUAGGAGCUUCUGAAUCUUUUCCAGGGAUAGGCAGGUAGCUCACUCUUGGUGCAAUUUCUUGAGGAUGCGAACAUGUAGAGCUGUUGGAAGGAGUAAUUCUGUGCUUGACAAAGGACGAUUUCUCCUUUAUCGUGACCAGUGCUGCUGAUUUCCCCACAGAGGAGCUUAUACUCUGAGCACCUUGUUUUAGCGAACUCUAGCGAAACUUGUUUAGCUUAGCAAAAACAAACACACAAACUGAGAACUCUGCUGUUUCAGAUAUGCCAUAGCAUACAUCUGAAACACAUGUGUAACAAUCAAAAUGGUGGGCUCUAGAAUGGUUUUAGAGCUUGAGAUCUUUAUGGGUUAGACUUGCUGGUCAGACCCAGGAGCACCUGUGGCACAUACCUUCUGUUCCCCUCCUGGCCUGUGCAGAAUGUAAACAGCAGACUCACACUCAAUGGGCACUACAGGCCUUAUCAGACGUUUUAUUCAAGCCUGGAUUGCUUAGUAGGGGAAUAAGGCACUCUCUGAGGGGCUUUCCACUUAGAUUGAGAAUUUUAUUUGAAAAGAAUCUGGUUUAAAUGGCACUGUGGUCCGAGGUAGCUGCUCUCCCCGCUGAGAGCUGAGCCGAAAUGUAAGAAUAAUAUAUUUGUGCUUCGAGUUGGUGUUUCUUUCAGUGUAAUGCAUGCAGUGGUCACAACCCAGUUACUCAUAAUAUUUGGAUUGUAUUUGUUCGUAGAUAUGCCCAGAAGACUAGAGAAUUAGUGUUAUAUACCAUAUAGAACUUACUGUCAAUCAACUAUAAACAGGCCCAAUUAAAAACUGUUCCAUUACUACGCAAACACAUAUUAGAGGCCUUUGCUGAUGACACAUUAGCUGGAUCUUAGCCACCCCAGAAAGGGUUUGAUUUGAAGCUGAUUGUUGCCAGAUACGCAUAUUGGAAUCCCGUCUACCCAUAGUUCCUCUGAAGGUGAUUUUGUAGUUUGCAAAAGGGUAUAGGAAAAUAUACCUAAAAGCAAAUUUGUGGCUGAGAGGAUAAACAGAAGCUGUUUGCUCAUGUUGUGUGCCCCACACCCACCAAUACCUAAAUCUGUUAAGGAAGACAGAAAAUGUUUUCUUUGUGCUCAUUGAGUAGUUCCAGACAGAAGAAUAUACUCUUUAAAAUGUAUUUACCUGUUAGCUGGAAGUACCCAGAAUUAUCAGAAAUGAAUGCAAAAAAAAAAAAAAAAAGCUUACACAGCUUCUUAGCAAUUUUUUUUUUUUUUUUGCCAAAACAAUAAAUUGCCUUUAGCAGCAGUUUAAAAUCCUAUUGUGAACAAGCUAUAUUUUCACCAUUUUACAAUGGAAAGUUGUGACAAGUACAGGUUAUCAAGUUUGCACUUAACUAUGCCAAAAAAAGCUUGAAGCGCUCUAUUCUCAGACAUGCUGUAUUAUUACUUCUCAUUCAAGAUUGAAAAAUAUAAAGAUAUCCAAACUGCUGUCUUAAUGUAAAUGUAACUAUUUUCCUUCAAGUGUUGACUAGGGAGUCGGUUUCUCUCUUAAAGACACUCACUGUACAACUGAAAGCAGCUGUCAUAUUUCCAGCAAAAUGUGUUUACGUAUCUGACAAGCUGUACAUUUGUGUAUGAACUGACAUAAAAUGUGAAAGCCUGUAAGUGUACAUGUAGUGGUGUGGUGUUGUCUAGAGGAUACAACUGAAUGUUUUUAAUUUGCUGACUUACAGACACAGGCUGUUUACAAAAUGCUAGCUGGAAAGUCUGUAAUGUUCAUGUCAUAAACUUUUAGUUAAUUGCCAUUGAGCACCUGUUCUGAGGAGGUGGGAUGUGGACUUGUGCUUAUAAACUGGAGAGUUUAGUCAUAAUCCCUCCUGGCUUUGUGUGAAUAGCUUGCUCACUUUGCUGGCCUUUGAAAUGUGUUCUCCGUGAUAAGCUGUCCAUGUGUUUGUGAUAAGAGUGCUUGUCAACCAUGACCAUCUUUGAGCCUUCCCAGUCCUCCACCUGGCACAGUAUUUGAAAUGGCAAAGGAUGUGCUUCAUCCUCUAACAGUGUACACUCCCAGAGCUGAUAUUCUGGAUUGUGGCUGUGCACAUUUCCUCUAAUUCAUUUCUGUAGUCCCUAUAGAACGAUCUGUAAUAAAAUAGUAUACUGGACUGUGCAUCAAAGGGAUGUAAAAUUACAGUAUUCCAAAGGUUGAAGUUCUGCUGUUUUGUUAUAAUGCCUGAUACACAUCUUGAAUAAAGUCUUAACAUUUUUCUUUUAAAAAA